AUGGCUGGCCCCACUAACCAGAUCCCCGCCAUCUAUGAACGGGCAAUAAAGAAGUACCAGGAGAUCACCGACGAGCCGUUCGACGUGCAAUUCCUGGCAAAGAUUCAGAAUGUCGAGGAUCUAACGAAAGAAAUCGACGCAAGGAACAACAGCUUUCGCGAAUUUCGCGAGAAGAGGGGCGCGAUUUUCGAUGUUCUCAACGCCGCGAUGAUCCCGGUGCAGUUGUUCGGUGAUUUGGCCGCUGGCGGUGCCUCCAUGGUCUUCCCGCCGAGUAGCCUUGUCUUUGGGGCCGUGACCUACUUGAUGGGGGCGGCGAAGGGGGUGUCUGCGUCCUACGAUGCGAUCCAGGAUUUGAUGGGAACAUUGAAGGACUUCACGAUCCGACUGAAGGCCUAUAGCCGGGAGUCCAUCUCGGAUGAUCUCAGCAAUAAGCUCAGCGAUAUUCUCGUGACACUGGUCGAGAUUCUUGCCCUCUCGACGAAAACCAUUCGCCGCGGUCGGUUGCUCAAGUUCACGCGCAAUAUCCUGCUGGGGAGCAAUGAUGCUAUCCAGGGGGCCAUGGGUAAGCUGGACAAGCUAACCAGAGUGGAGGCGGAUUUGGUUGGGGCUGAGACGCUGACCGAGUCGAAACGCACGGGUCGCGUGGUGGAUGGAAUGUCAGCAACGGUCACCUCGACCCAUACCACCGUGAUCGAAACUGGCAUGACCGUCAACCAAGUGAACGUGCGGGUCAAUGAGGUGCAGGAGAUGCUUGGCACCUUGAUGGUUUCGGUCAAGGAGAACAAGCAGGAAAGCAGUGAGGAUCGUGAGAAGGCACUGCAGGAACAUGUGAACAAGAUUCUCCGGCCAUCCAAAACGGACUCUGCUCAGGACUGGUAUGAUAAGAUUAACAAGGCUCGUAUACCGGGUACUGGUGAUUGGGUGAGAGAUGAGCGGAUCUUCAACGAGUGGUAUGACAAGGAUCUACCGGUGAUGUUUAUAUCGGGUAAUCCUGGAGCGGGAAAGUCAUACAUCGUGGCAAAUAUGAUCAGCCGUCUUCUAGAAUUGCACCCCCAGAGUGUGCAAAACAGCUCACUCACCUCGGUGGGGUUUUUCUUCUUCAAGGACGACAAUCCAGGCACAAGGUCAUUUCACCAGGCCUUGCGGGACCUCGCGUUGCAAAUCAGCAAAAACGAUCCGGUGUACCUGAAACACCUCGCCACUAUUGAAGAUUACGAGACGAUUAGCACGCUCGAGAGCGCAUGGCGACUGCUCUUUGUCGAUUACUUCGUGAAGAAUACCAACGCCGACAGCAAUGUCUAUAUACUGUUAGAUGGCGUGGAUGAAGCGUUCGAUGAAGAGCGCCGGACCUUCUUCAGCCUGGCAAAAGACCUCUAUGAACCUGCUGCAGAGUCCCAUCUGCAGCUCGCUGUUAUUGGCCGACCUCACAUAAGUGACCAGCUGCUGGAAGGCCUAGAGGUGGAGGUACCGACAAUUCAUGUCACGACCCAGAAGAACUCGAGAGAUAUAAAUCAGUACAUCCAUGCCAGCAUCAAGAAGUCGGUGGUUCUCCGCAGAGUGUCAGCGAAGUUGCGCCAGGAAAUUGUGGAAAAGCUAUCGGCGAGAGCGGAGGGCAUGUUUCUCUGGGUGAACCUGAUGCUACAAGAACUAGUCAAGAAGCGGAACGAGUCCAGUAUUCGGAAGGCGUUGGAUCAAGCCCCCAAGGGCCUCAAAGAAAUGCUCCGCCACGUCCUCGUAAGCUUCUCGACUAGCUCUAACGAGGAGGAGCUGGAGUUCCUCAACGAGAUCUUGCUAUGGGUUACGUGUUCGAGGCAGCCCUUAACGCUGGCUGAGGUUGAGUUCAUUCUCAAGCUCAAGUCACCAGAAGGAGAUGGUAUGAUCUAUCCCGAAGGAGCAUUGCGGCGCCAGUUUGCCUCCUUCUUCAGCCUGGACCGCGAGGAUGGACUCACCACAGCGGAAUUGCAGAUGAUGUCCAAGAACAGGAACAAUUUCGAUGAAUCUGACGAUGAAGGAACGGGUAGAGAUGAGGACGAGGAGGCCUUUGAGGAUGUUGAGAACUUUACAGAUUUUGACUCCCACAAAGAAACAACGACAGUCACUUUCUGCCACGCAUCCAUUGGCGAUUUCUUCCGUGAUCCGACAGAAGGCAAGGUUUCCGAUGAGGAAAGCCAUGUCCCUGUUGGAGUCGAGUAUCUGCGUGCGAAGGCGCACGUGCUGAAGACCUUUCUGAGGAUCUUUACAGAUAAGGAGUUCGCGAAAAAGGCGGACGAUGGUGAGCAUAUGCUCCGUCAUGCGGCCGAAAAUUGGGUCCAUCACCUCCUUACCACGCCUGCAUCGGACUGCGCCCUUGAGGACAGACGCGAAAUUGCCAAAAUGCUGCUGGUAGCGCUGAGAUCUGAAGAAGCGAUCACGGGCUGGAUCGGCUAUCGGGGCUGGAUAUCCACGGAGGCUAAUAUUCGGGCCAUACGACAGUGGUGGGAAGAUGAUGAAGUGUUGGAGUCCCUGACGCUGGAUGAACGAGAGUUCAUCUCCUCGACCAAGGAGAAUCCCGUCACAACAUUCAAGCCGCUUGCCAUGCUGUGCACUAAGAAAUAUGUCGCCGAAGAUAUGUGGUUGGCUGCUCCUGUUGCUGCGGUGGUGUGGAGCUACCAAAGUCUGAUGAAGGGCAAAGAGGUCAACUUCCUUGAAACAUUUGACCCGACUCCGGAAGAGGUCAUUGAAGGUGCUGAAUUUGGCGACUUUGAAAAGAAUGCGUUGUGGUAUCGCAGGUGUGCCAUCGUCCUGCGCCAAUUGAAGUAUUUUGACCAGGCGUUGGAUUACUUCUCGAAAGCAGUUGAGCUAGCGCCGGACAUGUGGCUGAGCAAAGCUGGCAUGGCCAUUGUGUAUUCCAUGCAAGGGGAAUGGCAGAAGGCUAUUGACCUGGAUGAGGAAGUUGUGCAGACCUUAUUGGUCGAAAUUGAGGCGCAUCCAGACGACUUGGGACUCAGGGCCAGUAUUCACACAAGCUUAGAACGCCUUGGUGAUUCCUACCAGCAGCUUGGGGAUCCCAAAAAGCGAUUUGAGGCAUAUAACAGGGCACAGACGCUAACGCCCUACUGCGACACAUGUAUCAACGUGCUUCUUGAGCAUUAUAGUGCAGAGCACGAUCAUCAGGCCACCAUCGACCUGCUCAAGAAUUUAGCCGAUACCCCGGUUCCGGACAAAGACUUUUCGCGAUUGACACAGUCACUGUGGGACAACCCUGCAGAAGACACGCGUUACUUUGUGCUCGCUGCAGAUGCGGCAUUGGCUACUGAUAACCUCGAUUUCAUGGUAGAGUCAUGGCGUACUGCCGCUCGUGCAGCUCGCAAGGCGUCCAAGACGGUGACUGCCGCUCAGCUCGACAUGUCCCUUGCACGAAUUUACAGUGAAUUCCUUCAUGAUCAGACCAAAGCCGUCAAGCGCUGGGAGAGAAUCAUGAAUACAUACGCCUCGUCGAAGGACGACACUGUGAUUGGCUUCUCAAAGCUGAAGGCCUCCUUUGAAUUGGCGAAACAGUUUCUCUGUGACGCGGUUGAGGCAGGAAUCGGAACCCCGCAAGCAGAAGAAGCCGGAGCAAAGCUCGAAAAGCUCGGGAAAGAGAUUAAGCUAAACGACGCGUCUGCGCUUUGGACUAUCUCCAGCAUGCGUGCCAUUUGCUUAGGGAUCUACUACCGCUUGAGCGGGCGUGAAGCGGAAGCUCGGGCUCUCUUCAAAUCAUCCAUUAAACGGGGAAUUGCGAUUCUGUCUGACGAUGACCCUGAGAACGAUGUGUUUGGAUUCUUGGACCUCCUGAAUGCACUUGUGGCGGCUGGCGACGUCAAAAAUGUGACCGCAGCUGCGUAUCAUGAAGUGUUUGGGAAAUAUAAUGUGGACGAUCUAGAGGGGGCAACAGGCAAUGAAAGCCCGGGCGAUGAGGACUCCAACUGGCUGAGCUGUGAUGGACCCUGUCGGAAAGAAUUUCCUACGCUUGACGAUUCCUAUCAGUGCCCCAUCUGUCUCGAUACCGCAUUCUGUCCAGCUUGUGCCAGCCUGCUUGCCGAGGGGACUAUGGGGAUCAGGAAAUGCAAUCCCAAACAUGUCAAGGAUUUUAUAUAUGUUCCCCCGCGACCCAAGACCGUACCAUCGGGAAAGAUGCUGGUGGAUGGGGAGGAGAUCGACUUUGAGCUUUGGAAGCAGCAGUUGAAAAAGGAAUGGGGCAUUUAGAUUCUUUUAUCUUAUCGAGUCUAUGAAAAAUCUCUACUUUUCGCCGUCUGAUGAAAGCUUGCAAACUCGCAAAGUGGCCUGCGAUAAAGUAUCUAAUUUUCUUCAAAUAUUUCUAACACUAAAAAAACCUGGUACAUACGACCAUAGGGUGUCGAGAACAGGACUUCCUAUCCACUCAGCCGUAC